AUGUCGAAACUAUUGAUUGUCGGAACUGGAAUAAAAGGUGCUGCUUCUGCAGCUUUGCUCAGACAACAUAUGCCUCCGAAUAAAAGUGUUUUCAUGUGGGAUAAAGCUCGCGGACCAGGCGGAGGAAAUUAUAUUCAUUAUUUUGUCCCCACAGGUGGUCGGAUGUCUACAAAACGCUGUGCAGAAAACCCAGCAAUAACUGCUGAUCUUGGUGCUCAGUACAUCACACUUUCUAAGGAGUAUAGUUCCAAGAGACAGAGUCUGUACAGUGAACUGCAAUCACAAGGAAUUCUCAAGCCCAUGCAAGGGAAAGUUGAAGGUCCUAAUAAUUUUGACCUGCCAGGAGCCCAGCACUUUGUGACACCAGAUGGCUCAAGUUCACUUGUGAAAUACUUUCUACAAAAAUCAGGAGCUUAUAUAAAGUACCAGCAUCAGGUGUCUGAAAUAUCAUUCGAAAAUGGCAGUCCGGUUUCUGUAACAACACAUGAGGACAUCACUGAGGAUUUUGACAUUGUUGUGUUGACCUUGCCAGUUCCACAGAUGCUGCAACUAAGGGGAUCAUUGCAUGAUUAUGUAGGAAAUCAUCCUGAUGUGAAAAAGAAACUGUUAGAUGUCACAUAUUCGUCACGGUAUGCUUUGGCCCUGUUCUUCCCGCCACAAACAGACCUCAAGUACCCUUGGUGUGUUAAAUAUGUAUCGGAUAAUCCCUGUGUGAGGUACAUAGCCAUAGAUCAGGCAAGACGUGGUGAAGUGUCUCCAAGCCAGGGGCUGUCAUUAGUUGUUCAUACAAGUGUUCCGUAUGGACUAGCCCACCUCGAGGAUGAUUUGAACUCUGUCAGAGAUGAGAUCCUAAGUCAUUUGUCUGGAAUACUGCCUGAAUUACCAACUCCACUGAGUGUUGUUCCCCACAGAUGGAGGUAUUCACAGGUCCACCAGGCAUACGAAGGGACCCCUGGGUGUGUUGUUCUCAGCAGAGACCCACUGAUUAUUCUAGCUGGAGAUGCAUUUUCAAAAUCAACUUUUGAUGGUUGCAUAGAUUCUGCGGAGGCAGUAUUGAAGGCUGUGAUGAAUCAGCUUGGCAGUAGCUGA